AUGAUGAGAAAAGUGAUCAUCAAUGCUAUGGUGGUCCUGCUGACCGUCAAUGAAGCAAUGCUUCCCAAAAGCUUAGCAGUUGAGCUGCUCUGCCGUUGCAACCAGACAGAGAGCAGGCCCAUUGGCCGCCACAUCGAAAAGGUGGAGCUGAUCCCUGCCAACUCCCAUUGCCAGGAGACAGAGAUCAUUGCUACCCUUAAAGUCACCGGCCAGGUGGUGUGCCUUGACCCCGAGGCUCCUUGGGUGAAGAAAAUCAGGGAGAGGAUUCUUAAUGAUUAG